CGCCCUCCCCCUCGCGAGCGCCCCUCCUCCCCUGCGCGGGCGGAGCGAGGGGCGGGGCGGGGGUGGGGCCGCGGCUCUUUUCUCUGGAGUUCGCGCGCCCGGAGCCCUAGCUGUCCCCUGCUGUGCCAGCCGACUCCGCGCCGCUCGUCGCGAUGGAGGCCGCAAGUGAGUUCGUGGUCGAGAGCCCCGACGUGGUCUACAGCCCCGAGGCCAUCGAGGCGCAGUAUGAGUACCGGACGACGUGCGUCAGCCGCGAGGGCGGCGUCCUCAAGGUGCACCCCACGUCCACGCGCUUCACCUUCCGGACCGCCCGGCAGGUGCCCCGGCUCGGGGUCAUGCUCGUCGGCUGGGGCGGGAACAACGGCUCCACGCUGACCGCUGCCGUGCUGGCCAACCGACUGCGCCUGUCCUGGCCCACGCGCACCGGCCGCAAGGAGGCCAACUACUACGGCUCGCUGACGCAGGCGGGCACUGUUAGCCUGGGUCUGGACGCCGAGGGCCAGGAGGUGUUCGUGCCCUUCAGCUCGCUGCUGCCCAUGGUGGCACCCGACGACAUCGUGUUCGACGGCUGGGACAUAUCGUCGCUGAACCUGGCGGAGGCGAUGCGGCGCGCGCAGGUACUGGAUUGGGGGCUGCAGGAGCAACUGUGGCCGCACAUGGAGGCCCUGCGCCCGCGGCCCUCCGUCUACAUCCCCGAGUUCAUCGCAGCUAACCAGAGCGCGCGCGCCGACAACGUAAUCCCGGGCACGCGCGCGCAGCAGCUGGAGCAGAUCCGUAGGGACAUCCGCGACUUCCGGUCCAGCGCCGGGCUGGACAAAGUCAUCGUGCUGUGGACAGCGAACACGGAGCGCUUCUGCGAAGUGGUCCCGGGCCUCAAUGACACCGCUGAGAACCUGCUGCGCACCAUCCAGCUGGGCCUGGAAGUGUCGCCCUCCACCCUCUUUGCCGUGGCCAGCAUCUUGGAGGGCUGCGCCUUCCUCAAUGGGUCCCCACAGAACACGCUGGUGCCUGGUGCCCUCGAGCUUGCAUGGCAGCGCCGUGUCUUUGUGGGUGGAGACGACUUCAAGUCGGGGCAGACCAAGGUCAAGUCCGUGCUCGUGGACUUCCUUAUUGGCUCUGGCCUCAAGACCAUGUCCAUCGUGAGCUACAACCACCUGGGCAACAACGACGGGCAGAACCUGUCGGCGCCGCCACAGUUCCGCUCCAAGGAGGUGUCGAAGAGCAGCGUGGUAGACGACAUGGUGCACAGCAACCCAGUGCUCUACUCGCCGGGCGAAGAGCCCGACCACUGCGUGGUCAUCAAGUACGUGCCAUACGUGGGUGACAGCAAGCGUGCCCUGGAUGAGUACACAUCGGAGCUGAUGCUGGGCGGUACCAACACGCUGGUGCUGCACAACACGUGCGAGGACUCACUCCUGGCCGCGCCCAUCAUGCUGGACCUGGCCCUGCUGACUGAACUGUGCCAGCGUGUGAGCUUCUGCACCGACAUCGACCCGGAGCCGCAGAGCUUCCACCCGGUGCUGUCGCUGCUUGGCUUCCUGUUCAAGGCACCGCUUGCACCACCGGGCAGCCCAGUGGUCAACGCGCUCUUCCGCCAGCGCAGCUGCAUCGAGAAUAUCCUCAGGGCCUGCGUGGGGCUCCCGCCGCAGAACCACAUGCUUCUGGAGCACAAGAUGGAGCGCCCUGGCCUCAAGCAAGUUGGGCAUGUGGCCACCGCCUGCCCCGUGCCUUGCAAGAAAGGAUCAGCGCCAACUGCCCCCAAUGGCUGUACUGGUGACGCCUAUGGGCACUCACAGGCUGAGGCACCCCAGAUGCCCACCACCUAAGGCCAUGGCCAUACAGCUCCCCUGUAGCUCCUGCCCCCAUUGCUCCUCAGCAGGCGACCCUUCCAGGCUCCCUUCAGACAGACAAUAAAGCCAGUGCCACUGA